UUAGGGUUCUUCGACUGACCGUUAUUGAGCUCUUGCGCUCAAGCUAGGUUUUCGAGCAGCGCAGUGCGAUCCUCGAUCAGGAUGCUAACAACACCAGGAGAGCGAAAAAUCGCCAUAGCCGUGGACUUGAGCGCCGAGAGUGCGUACGCAGUGAAAUGGGCCGUCGCUCACUACCUUCGACAAGGUGACAGUGUCAUCGUUCUUCACGUCCAGCCAACGAGCGUUCUCUAUGGAGCCGACUGGGGACCGGCAGACACUACCGCUGGACCCGAUGCGUCAGUCCAGCAAAAAAUGGAGGAGGACAUGGAGGCCUUCACUUCGGCCAAGAGCACCGAGCUCGCCAAGCCACUCGAGGAGGCCAACAUUCCUUUCAGGAUUCACAUCGUCAAGGACCACGACAUGAAGGAGAGGAUCUGCCUGGAAGUGGAGAGACUCGGCGUGGACGUGAUGAUCAUGGGAAGCCGAGGGAUUGGUGCUGAGAGGCGGACCCGCAGGGCCAGGCUCGGGAGCGUCAGUGACUACUGUGUCCAUCACUGCGAUUGCGCGGUUGUGGUGGUGAGGCUUCCGGAGAACAAGCAAGGCAACUCUCUGAGGGAGAUGAGUUCCUCCAUUGAUGUCGCUUGAUACUUCUCAGUGUGAACUGAGAGAGACAAGAGAACAGAAUCUAGGUUGAGGUUGGGUUGUGCUUGUUUUCGGUCCAGAUAUUUCCAUCCAGCUUGGUGUUGGCUUUCCUUUUGAAAUGUAUUUUGCUUUGGAUUGUC